AUGGACAACGGAUACACAAUGAACUACAACGGAAAACCUUCGACAUUCCCGUGGCAUCGGCUUCCACGGGAAUUACAGCUCAAUAUCCUAUCUUUUCUGGCCUGUCGUCAGGGUCACACCAACCGCGUCGAGUCGCCCUCUGAGAAGAGUACUGUCAAGCCAUAUGUCGGCCAUGUUGCCAAGUGUGCCACCAUCUGUCGAGACUGGCAAGAAUAUUUAGAAAACAUCCUCUUUAGAAAGGUUACCGUUCAUCAGAAAGAUCUUGCCGGACUUCACAAGAUCAGCCGCUGUCGCACGGAGCGGAUUCAACAUCUCUGGUUACGCAUCGAACUCCCCCCCUACUGCUGUCGAAUGUGUCCUGGUGCAAAUAAUAGCUUAAUUUCUGAAAAGAGCGGCUUAAUCCUCGAUAAAGCCCUUUGCAAUGUGCUUCGUGUCCUCCGCCACUGGAAGGCACGUAACUCAUCGCACCCAAGCGGCGGCUUAACCUUAGAGAUCAGCACCCACUCCCCUAGUGAUUCACAGCAUGAGUUUAGGAACAUUUCUUUUGACGAUGAUGAAGAUGGCGAUGAAGGCCCUGAUGUCUGUACCAUUGACGAUCCGAAACACGGCUGGGUCGGCGGACGGCGCGUCCGCCAACCAGACAAGAUGGCUGUGUAUGACCUCUUCGACUCAUGGGAGGCCUACGACCCCCAGAUUGAGAAGGUUGAAUGGUCCGCACCAGUUGUCAAGCACCUUCUCCUCCGUCGGCAAACGCGGCGGCAUAUCCUUCAUACGACGUUGGCGCAUUUACUUAAGCGUCUUCCUGGCCUUGAAUCGCUCAAACUGGAAUUCUGGAGAAAGUAUGGGGAAGUGGAAUUUGCGUGGGACCUUGUUACCAGCAAACAAUUUGAAUUCAAUUUUCCUAGGCACGUCCAACGGGUCACUCUCUUUCAGGACUUUGAUGAGGACCUCGACUCCAUGCUCUCCAGUGGCAACUCUGACCUGCUAGGGUUUAUUAAAACGCCUAACCCAGUUGUUGGGGCAGGCUUGGCCGGAUUGAAGAACCAGCAGCAUCUGUGUGUAUCUUUCAUUGCAGACGCGUAG